CUCCACGAAAGACUGUGUAUCGGCUAGAUGCCGUCAACCUAUCUUGCCAAAAACGUCGAAACUUUUAUGUGAGAAGAUCAAACAUAUUUGUGUGUUUCGCUAACGACGAGAAGUGGAUGACUGUUCAUACGAAUCGUUUGUGAAAUCUAUGAAAAGAUGUUGCGGCUCUUAGGUUUUCUUCUAUUGAUCGCUGGAGCAAAUUGCUUGUAUGCGUCUAAUUCAGCUGUAAUUGAUCUUAGACCAAAUAAUUUUGAUAAUCUAGUGUUAAAUAGCGAUCAUAUUUGGAUAGUUGAAUUCUAUGCGCCAUGGUGUGGACAUUGCCAACAGUUAACACCUGAAUAUGACAAAGCUGCUACUGCAUUAAAGGGUGUUGUAAAAGUUGGCGCAGUAAAUGCUGAUGAGCACAAAUCACUCGGAAGUAAAUAUGGCAUUAGUGGUUUUCCAACAAUCAAGAUUUUUGGACUUGAUAGCAAACCAGAAGAUUUCAAUGGUCCAAGAACUGCAGCAGGCAUCGUUGAUGCUGCAUUAAAUGCCGCUAGUCAAAAAGUUCGAAGAACCUUAGGUGGCAGAAAGACAGGAAGUGAUUCAAAGAGUAAAGAUUCUAAAGAUGUAAUAGAAUUGACAGAUGAAAACUUUGAAAAAUUGGUUUUAAAUUCUGAAGAUAUGUGGCUGAUUGAAUUUUAUGCCCCUUGGUGUGGCCAUUGUAAAAAUCUAGCUCCUGAAUGGGCAACAGCAGCUACUGAACUGAAGGGCAAAGUAAAGCUGGGAGCUUUGGAUGCCACAGUAAACACAUUGAAGGCCAGUAAAUAUGAGAUCAAAGGCUAUCCUACCAUUAAAUAUUUUGCACCAGGCAAAAAAGACGCUGAUUCGGUGCAGGAAUAUGAUGGCGGCCGUACAAGUAGCGAUAUUGUAAACUGGGCACUUGAGAAAUUAGCCGAGAAUAUUCCAGCACCAGAAGUGAUACAAAUCAUAUCUGAACAGAGUCUAAAGACUGCUUGUGAAGACAAACCGAUCUGCAUUGUGUCUGUCUUGCCACACAUCCUGGAUUGUCAAUCUGAUUGCAGAAAUGGAUAUUUGAAGACUCUAAAUAGUCUCGGAGAGAAAUUCAAGAAAAAGAUGUGGGGAUGGACAUGGGCCGAAGCUGGUACUCAACCGCAUGUAGAAGAGGCAUUAGAAAUCGGAGGUUUCGGUUAUCCUGCAUUAGCAGCCGUAAACAUCAAGAAAAUGAAGUAUUCCUUAUUAAAGGGUAGUUUCUCAUAUGAGGGAAUAAACGAAUUCCUACGAGACUUGAGUUACGGCAGAGGUGGCACCGCGCCUUUGAAAGGUGCUCAAUUGCCUGUUAUACUUAAAACGACACCUUGGGAUGGCAAAGAUGCUGAACCUCCACAAGAAGAAGAGAUCGAUCUUAGCGACGUUGAUCUAGACGAGAAAGAUGAGCUAUAAUUUACAGAAAGCCAAAUUUUUUUAAAAGAAUUUAUCACAUACAAAGAACAUUGUCUCUAAUCAAGCUGAUAUUAAGAAUGUUAAGUGCAGAUUGAUAGAAAUUUUGCACAGAAAUUUACUUUAUAUUACUGUAGACUUAAUAUAUAUACUUAUAAUAUUCUACCUUGAUUAAUGACGAUUUCUUAGUGAAAUAUGAUAAAAAAACAAUUCCUUUAUUUGCUAAUUUUUGUACAAAGAUUUAACAUCAGUAUAUGAGUCUCUUCUAAGGAAGAUCAAUUCUCAGGUGCAAUUAACCAGUUUUGUAAAAAAGUGUUUAAAUAAUUCUUCCAAAACCAAUUUUAUAGACUUUAUUGUAUCACUUUAAGAAAAUUAAAUUAGCUUAAGUUUAGUAUAAAUAUAUGAUGUAAAUUUGCAUAUUAUUUUUACUGUUCCCUUCGAUACAAUGCAUUUGGGAAAAGAUAAGUCAUUUAAAAAUUGUACUACAUGUAUCAUGAUGCAUUUAUGAGCCUACUUACUAUUUAUUAACAAAGUAGGUUAUUUAAAACACAUACAAAGUUUAUGUAAAGUCAUAUAGUUUCUUAUUUGUAAUAAAUAUACAUCAUACAUU